AUGGUACAUUCUUGUACUCAUAUUGGCAAUGUUGAAAACAUUCCAUUAUCCACUCUAGUAAAUUCCAAAGAGCUUGUAUGUGCUGAUUGUGACUGUAGGGGACCUAAUCUAUGGAUAUGCUUAUUCAACAACUGUCUCAGAAUUGGGUGUGCCGAAAAAUCUAAUGAUCAUAGCACACUUCACAAUGUGAAUCAACCUUCACAUUGUGUUCAUAUGAACCUGUCCACUAGAAGGAUAUGGUGUUAUGAAUGUAAGAAAGAAGUUUUUAUGGAAGCUCCCACCUAUAAUGACAGUGACCAGGAGGCAGAAACCUGUACUGCAAGGUCCCAUGAUUCAGGACAUGGAAGUUAUAGUACUCUGAGAACCAACACACCUGAAAGGGUGUACAUGUCAGAGAGGAGUGUAGGCCUGACCGUAGGCACUUCGGGUGACGCUUCUGACUCCAGCGAUGCCGAAGACUACGAUUACCACACGACGGAGCGGCCUCGUGGACUGGUGGGUCUGCAGAACAUAGGCAACACGUGCUACAUGAACGCCGCUCUACAGGCGCUCAGCAAUACGGAGCCGUUGACGAAGUUCUUUCUCGAUUGCGGUUACAUCGUGCAGAUGCUUUCCGAGGGCAAGAAACCCGGCCUGAGCAGGACGUAUCAGACUCUGAUGAAGGACGUGUGGGUGAAAAAAGUCAAUCAGGGUUAUGUGACACCGUCGGGAAUCCUGUACGGCAUCCGCAGCGUGCACGCGAUGUUCCGCGGCUACCAUCAGCACGACGCGCAGGAGUUCCUGCGCAACUUCAUGGACCAGCUGCACGAGGAGCUGAAGCAGCCGGUGGCGCCCGAGGGCCGCUUGGCAGGCUCCGCCGGCGACUCGGACACCUUCAGCCUGGCCAUGGAGGAGCCGAUUGGGCAGGCGGGGAUCGAAGGGGGCGGCAGGUAUUCAGGAGCCGCGUUCGGCUCGAGCUACGACUCGAGCGAAGGCGAGUACGAGACGUGCGACUCGGGGGUGAGCGAGCGGUCGAGCCUGAGCGACGACACCGAGCGGCCGGCGAGCAUCCCCAAGCGGCGGCUGAGCCGGGGCGGCAGUCCCAACAGGCGGCAGCGGCAGAAGAUACAGACUGCGUGCGUGAUAGAUUCCCAACCGAGUGCCUCAUCGAACCAAUCGACGACGAAAAAGCCACCCAAGCAGCGCUCGAUAAUCUCCGACAUAUUUGACGGGAAACUUUUGAGCUCCGUCCAGUGCCUCACUUGUGACAGGGUGUCUAGUCGCAUCGAAACCUUCCAGGACCUGUCGCUGCCGAUCCCGUCCCGCGACCACAUCGUCGUGCUGCACGGCCGACCCUCCGCUGCGCCCACAGAGGGAGCCACCUGCUCGGACGCCCUGAUGCCAGUGCAGGACGGCUGGCUGGCGUGGAUGUUUGCGUGGUUGCGGUCGUGGUUCUACGGGCCGACGGUCACGUUGCACGACUGCCUCGCGGCGUUCUUUAGCACCGACGAGCUCAAAGGGGAUAACAUGUACAGCUGCGAGAAGUGCAACAAGCUGCGGAACGGGAUCAAGUUCAGUAAGGUAUUGCAACUGCCCGAAGUCCUUUGCAUACACCUGAAGAGAUUCAGGCACGAACUCAUGUUCAGCAGCAAAAUCUCUUCGGCAGUGAGCUUCCCGUUGAAAGGCUUGGACAUGAGGCCCUACUUGCAUUCCGAUUGUGUAUCGAAAGUGUCAAACUACGAGCUCUUCUCCGUCAUCUGUCAUCAUGGAACAGCAGGUGGCGGUCAUUAUACUUGUUUCGCCCUGAACUCGGGCCAGUGGUACGAGUUCGACGACCAGUGCGUCACCAAAGUGGCUGCGGACAAAGUACUCACCUGCGAGGCGUACGUGCUGUUCUACCAGAAAGCCGGCCCCGAUGCGGACGCGGUGCGGGAGAGGGCGGAGAAGAUGCUGGAGGCGACGGCGGAACGGGUCCUCGGCAGUCCCAGCGAGUGUUUCAAGAGGACCUUCGUGUCACGGCAAUGGAUCAACAGGUUCUAUUAUUGCUCGGAACCGGGACCGAUAGACAACUCCGAUUUCCUUUGCCAGCACGGCUCCUUCAACCCCGAUCGCGACCUGGACCUGGACAAGAUCGCCAUGGUGAUCCCCUAUGAGGUCUAUGACCUCUUGUACAAAAAAUUCGGCGGCUGUCCCCCGUACAUCAACCUGGCCGUGUGCCCGGCCUGUUUGGCCCUGCAAAAGAGGCUCCUGCUCGAAAUGGAGACGUUCUUGCAGAUCAGCAAAGAGGCGCAGAGCCACGAAGCCCCGCAGACGCACUUCCUUUCGGCUACGUGGUACACCCAGUGGCACAAUUUCGUGCAGAAGCGCAACCAGGAGCCUCCCGGGCCCAUAGAUAAUAGCAGGAUCGACCCGAGCCAGCUGGAUUUGAACGAGGCUGCUGAGGUUCCUGAAAGCGUAUGGAACUUCUUUCAUAAUAUUUAUGGCGGCGGUCCCGAGUUCAGGAUAAGGCAGGCGGCGCUGAGUUCGGAUGGGGACGAUUCGGGGCGAGGCCGUGUCGAUAGUGUUUCUGGGGAUGUGGCUGGGAAGAACGUUCACGGACGUGGGGAACCGAGGGAGUCUCAGUCGGAGACUUUGGAUGAUGCGGAGGGCAGCGCUGAUGUGUCGGUGGAUUCGAUGCCGAAUGUCGAGGAGAAUGCGGAGGAAGUCAAGGAUUGUAGGGCGGAAGUGAGGAGUAAGAGGCACCGGAGGCGGAGGAAAAAUUAG